CCCGGGACCGCUCUCGGUGCCAGUCUCUGCCCCGCCCGGUCGGAGCCGCCGCCCCCGGCCCGGCCCGGCCCCGCCAUGUCGGCCCAGGCGCAGAUGCGGGCCCUGCUGGACCAGCUCAUGGGCACGGCCCGGGACGGUUCAGUGUAUCUUUGCCUGCCUACAUCAAUCUGCAAGGGAGUUGCAGAAAAGCCUCAUGUUCAUCGAGCCGAGAUGAAACCAGACAAAGGGUGAAGUUUACAGACGAUCGUGUUUGCAAGAGCCACCUCCUGGAUUGCUGUCCCCAUGAUAUCCUGGCUGGAACACGAAUGGACCUGGGAGAAUGUACAAAGAUCCAUGACUUGGCACUGCGAGCAGAUUAUGAGAUUGCAAGUAAAGAGAGAGACCUCUUCUUUGAGCUGGAUGCCAUGGAUCACCUGGAAUCCUUCAUUGCAGAGUGUGAUAGGAGAACAGAACUGGCCAAGAAACGCCUGGCUGAGACACAGGAAGAGAUCAGUGCUGAAGUGUCUGCAAAGGCAGAGAAAGUACACGAGCUGAAUGAAGACAUUGGAAAACUCCUAGCUAAAGCUGAACAGCUGGGAGCUGAAGGAAAUGUUGAUGAGUCUCAGAAGAUCCUGAUGGAAGUGGAGAAAGUCCGGGCAAAAAAGAAAGAGGCAGAGGAGGAAUACCGAAAUUCAAUGCCUGCAUCCAGUUUCCAGCAGCAGAAGCUGCGUGUGUGUGAAGUCUGUUCAGCAUAUCUGGGUCUCCAUGACAACGACCGGCGUCUUGCUGACCACUUUGGAGGCAAAUUACACUUGGGUUUCAUUCAGAUUCGUGAGAAACUGGAUCAGCUGAGGAAAACAGUGGCAGAAAAGCAAGAGAAGAGAAACCAGGAUCGUUUGAGACGGAGGGAGGAGAGAGAACGAGAGGAGAGGAUGGGCAGACGGUCUGGAUCAAGAAAUAGAGAUCGUCGAAGGUCACGGUCCCGGGAGAGGCGGCGAAGGCGCUCCCGGUCGGCAUCCCGGGAACGGCGGAAGUCGCGCUCCCGAUCCCGGGACCGGCACCGGCGCCACCGGAGCCGCUCCCGCAGCCACAGCCGAGGGCACCGCCGGGGCUCCAGAGACAGGAGCUCAAAACACAAAUCUUCCAGAGAUCGGUCUUCGAGAGAAAAGUCCCGAGACAGAGAGAGGAAAGACAAGAGCUCUUCUGAGAGGCGGCACGAGAGCACAAACGGCAAAUCUCGUUCCAAGAGGUCAGAAGAGAGAGAAGCUGGAGAGAUCUGAACUCAAAAACGAUCUGUGUUGCACUGUAAAUAGUCUGAUAAACAUUCUACACAAAAGCCUAAAUUUUCCCAUUUAUAUUUACUGAAUACAACUCAUCUUUUGUAGUUUGGGGUUUUUAUUGUUUGGCAGAUAGCUGUGAGUUUGUAGAGAACACAAGAGUUACGUACUGUUUAACAGGGUUUUGUUUUAGUAGGAAUAAAUAAACCUGGAUGGAUGGUUUUGAGCCCAGGCCAGUGUGGACACCCUGUGUUUGUCCUGACAGCGGUUGGGGCCGUGCUGUGCCUGGAGCCCUGAGCUGCCCUGACCUUUGUAACGCUUCAGCCCUUCCCAAAAGCCCUCCCUGACCCUCUGUGAGCACACCAGUAGUGCUGGUCCUCACUUUAUUCUAUUUUUCCUUUUGUUUAUAUAUGUCAAAAGAAAAUUUUGAUUAUUUUUUUUUUUUAAUCCCUUUUAGUGCUUAGCCACCUCAUUUUUAUGUCUCCAGCACCUGAGCUGCCUCAGUUGUCCAGCUGAGGCGAGACAGGUAAAAUUUGGCCCUGAUUUAUUCUGAAAGCUGUGAGGGUGACCAGAUCAGCUGAGCACGUUUCUGAGAUGGGCUCAGGUCUGGUUUUAGUCCCUUUACAGGUCAGACAGUGGGUGUGAGCAAAGCAGUGGGAGACCGAGGCUGGUUUCAUCUGGCUGUUUACUGUGCACUCUGCAGCCAGAGCUUCCCUUGGGGGACUUUCUGACCUGCAGCCAAAAGCGUUGGUGUGUUCCCAAGGCCAGGGAGGCAGAAGGGGGCAGAGGUGCCUGGGCUGGAGGUGUCCCAGCGCCCGCUGAUCUGUAACCGGGUCUGUGUCCCAGGAGGGCAGGAAGGAGCCCGGCUGUGCCAGCCCUUGGUCGCCACCCAGGGUCGGCGUUUUGUGGGAGUUGUGCGAGUGAAGCCCUUGUGUCCCGCCGAGCCGGGCGCUGCUCAUUAGCCGGGCGGGGCGGUUAAUUACGGCCGUUAAUUACCGUUCCCGGGGGUCCGUCGAUGCUGUGCGGGUCCGCCCAGCAUUCCCCCUCCCCUCCUCCUCCAUCCGCGGCUCCCCGGUGUCAGUCCCCCGUGCAUGCGCCCCUCCCUCCCCCCUCCCUCCCUUUCUCCCUCCGGGUCCGUUUUUACACCGAAUUCCGCGGUUUCACGUGUUGUUUUUUGUAACCUGCGCUCGCGGGGGGGUGGGGGGAGGGAGGGGCGGGCCGCGGGCGCGCGCUCGGGGCUGCCCUGUGUACGCGCCUGUCGCUGUUCCCGCCGCGGUUCUGAGCGCAUUAAAGAUGUGUGUUUGUGGCU